AUGUCUCAUUUAGAAGAUUUACCGCAGGAGCUUAAGAGUCGGGUUGAAGAGAUCAUUGCCAAAUAUCCUCCUAGUGAAGAAGUCUUUGUUUCUCUAAUGAAUUUUUUAAUCCAACAAAAGUCCAAUGAUGAUCCCAAAAGAAAGAAAACUCAAGAGUCAUUAGCUAAGAGCACACGUGCUUUAACUCCAAGCAAUAGCUUAGAAAGCUUGCAAGGAACUAAUAUAAUGCUUCAGCUUCCUGAUUUAUCUAUUCAGUCCCCGUUUAGACGAAGACUAAACUUGGUUUUUGGCGCAGUAAAAGGAGAGAAAAAGGCAUACUUGGCUUUAUCUAAAUCCCUGGAAAGCAAACCAGAGCUAAUAUUAAGAGAUAUCACCCCAGGAAAUGCUAAAUUUGCAUGUAUUUUAAAUGUACCGGAGAAAAAGGCAUUGAGGUAUCUUCUUGUAUGUUACAACCAAAAUGAAGGCAACGUCUACAAGAACGAACCCCUUUUGAUUCAGUUCAAUCAUGAUAUACUUCAAGAGCAGUUUGGAUCGCUUUUAGGCGGCAAAACAUUCAGUCAGUAUCUGACUUCACAAUUAGCAUUAGUUGAUUUCAAGGUAAUAGAUUGUGCCUUGGACGACACAUUUUCAGUCCCUGCUUACAAAAAAACAAAGGAAGGAUAUCUUUUCUUCUUACCUGAAUAUAUUAUUUUUGGCUUCAAAAAACCCAUCGAUGUUUUCAAAUCAUCUGAUAUCGUAAGUAUUACGUACGACUGUAUCACAAGAAUGACUUUCAAUGUUCACCUUGAAGUUAAAGUAGGGAGUGAGACUCAAAAGCACGAAUAUAGUAUGAUUGAUCAAAAAGAAUUUGAGAAUAUUGACAAAUAUGUCAAACUGAAAGAGGUGAAGGAUAAUUCAAUGUCAGAUGAGCAUAAAGCCCAGAGUCACUUGAAGAAUAAUUCAGGUGCACCGGGUGACCUAGCUGAGGCUGCCAAACUUGUUCCAGGCGGUGAACAAUUGAUUCCAAACGGUAAUACUGCAAAUAAUGAUGUGGACGACGAGGAUGAUGACGAUGAUGACAAUUACCAAGUUGGAGACAGUGAUGACAACCACAGUGAUGUAAGUGCUGCAGCUGAUUAUGAGGAUGAAGAGGUGGAAAGAGAAGAGGAGGAUGGUACGUAUAAUGAAUACGUCAAUGAAAACGCACCAAGUAGUACAUUUACCCCUGGAACACUAGGCAGCCUUGAACAAUUUGGGGGUUUUGACGAGAAUUUGCAACAAGAACUCCAGGACUUACAAAAGGACUUGGAUCUUGAUAUAAACGAACUACAAAAGGCUGGGUAUAUUUAG